CUUCCUCUGCGCGGAGGCCAAAGGAACACGGGAGUUUUCGCUUUUCCGGGGAAACUCGGUUGACGUUGCUCCGGGGAGAUUCUCUUGCCCGCUGCGUUCCCAUCGGUCUGCCCCCCCCCCUCGCCCGCCUCUUCUGCCAGCAGCCUCUGCCUGUUGGCAGAGUCGAGGAUGGAGAGCGGCCACCUCCUGCUUGUGCUGGCGCUUCUGAUCGCCGUGUGCGGGAGCGGUUCCCCGCUCGGUUCCACUUCGCCGAGCCGCGCAGGAGCAGCUGUGCACAGCCUGCGGGGCAGCUGGCGGGUGAACAACGCGAACGGCUCGCUGGCUCUGAAAGGCGAGGUCCCGGGCUGCGUGCACACCGCCUUGUUCCGAGAGGGUCUCAUCCAGGAUCCCUACUAUAGAUUUAAUGAUCUGGCCUACAGAUGGAUCUCUUUGGAUAAUUGGACAUAUAGCAGAACAUUCAAAGCUCCUUUUAAUAUCAGCAUGUGGCAAAAAGUGAUAUUGGUUUUUGAGGGAGUAGAUACGGUAGCACAGGUUGUGGUCAAUAACAUAACUGUUGGAAAGACAGAUAAUAUGUUCCAGACAUAUAAAUUUGAUGUUACUGAUGUGAUCAAGGAGAUCAACACAAUCCAAGUUCAUUUUUUGUCUGCUAUUUUGUAUGCUGCACAACAAAGUAAAAUUCACCAAGCUUACAAAGUGCCUCCAGAAUGUCCCCCACCUGUGCAAAAAGGAGAAUGUCACGUGAAUUUCAUCAGGAAGGAGCAGUGUUCAUUUAGCUGGGACUGGGGCCCCUCUUUCCCCACUCAAGGUAUUUGGAAGGAUGUUAGAAUUGAAACGUAUAAUCUUUAUCAGCUUGUCUACUUCUCUGUGACUCCUUUCUAUGAGCGAGAUAUUCAUCAGUGGCACCUUCAGAUAGAGUCAAAGUUUGAUAUUGUCAGCAAAAAGCCAAUUGGUGGCUUUGUGACUGUGAACAUUCCUGAGCUCAGGAUCCAGCAGAUGUUCACUGGGCAACUUCUUUCUGGAGAAGACACUAUUGCAUUGCUCAUAAAUGUCAGUAAGAGUGUGCCAGUGGAACUUUGGUGGCCAUCUGGACAUGGAAAUCAGCCUGGAUACAACAUGACAGUGAUCUUCAUUAUGCAGGAAGAAUACAAGAUCAUAAAACAUUGGAAGAUUUAUUUUCGGACAGUAGAAUUGAUAGAGGAACCUAUUCCUGAUUCGCCCGGUUUGAGUUUUUAUUUCAGAAUAAAUGGACUGCCCAUUUUUAUGAAAGGCUCCAACUGGAUUCCAGCUGAUUCUUUUCCUGACAGAGUGAACUCUAAAAUGUUACGUCUCUUAUUGCAGUCAACAGUUGAUGCCAAUAUGAAUAUACUUCGAGUUUGGGGAGGAGGCCUAUAUGAGCAAGAUGAAUUCUAUGAGAUCUGUGAUGAACUAGGAAUCAUGAUUUGGCAAGAUUUUAUGUUUGCGUGUGCCCUUUAUCCGACCAACCAAGACUACUUAGACUCCGUAAGAGCAGAAAUUGCUCAACAGGUAAAGCGACUGAAAUGUCACCCUUCCAUCAUUUUAUGGAGUGGGAACAAUGAAAAUGAAGCUGCACUUUCCACCAAUUGGUUCUCCAUUCCAAGUGCACAGAUGAACCUUUAUUUCAAAGAUUAUGUGACACUUUAUGUGGAUAAUAUCCGAGAAAUUGUUUUUGCUGAAGAUCAGAGCCGUCCUUUUAUUGCCUCAAGCCCUACCAACGGAUUGGAGUCAAUCAAGGAAGGCUGGUUGGCUCGUAACCCUUAUGACACCCAUUAUGGAGAUACCCAUUAUUACAAUUACCUGAAUAACUGCUGGGACUGGACCCUGUAUCCCAGGGCUCGGUUUGCCUCUGAAUAUGGCUUUCAGUCAUGGCCUUCCUUUAGCACCUUGAUACAGGUUUCUGUGGAGGAAGAUUGGUCUUAUACGAGUAAUUUCUCCCUGCACCGACAACAUCAUGCUGGAGGUAACGAUGAGAUGCUUCAGCAGGCAGAGCUUCACUUUAAAUUGCCUCAGGUAGUAAAUCCAGUUGAGAACUUCAAACAGAUAAUCUAUCUCACUCAGGUAAGUAUUUGUCAGAUUGUUAACAGUGACCUUAAAAAAGAAGGAGUUAAUGUUGAGAUUUUUCAUGGAAAAUGUGCAGCAAAUAAUCUGCUUACAUUUUGCAGAAGGUUUCAGUUCUAUUUGGGUUCUUCUGAGAAGAGUGUGGUGAUUUUUUUUUCUAUUUUGAACCUUUUCUUAGAAUAUGGUGGCAAAUGGAAGAUGCUUCAUUACUUUGCCAAGCAUUUCUUUGCUCCUUUGCUGCCUGUGGCGUAUGAGAAGGAAAAUGUUUUCUACAUAUAUGGAGUCUCGGAUUUUCAUUCUGACUACAACCUGGCCCUCAAAAUAAUUGUAUAUGAUUGGAGCAGAAUGGAUCCAGUGUGUACUUUGACGAAAGAUGAUGUGAUUGUUAAGGCAGGAAGUGCAGUUCCCAUUUAUAAGGAGCCCAUCAAUGAUCUCUUGAAAAGAUGUGGAAAUUGUACCAGGCAAAGUUGCGUCAUUACCUUUCACUUUGAGACUGAAGGUGAACCCUCCAGUCCAAUAAAUUGCCACUUCCUAUCCUCACUGAAAAAUGCAAAAGGAUUAAAGAAUCCACACAUUCACGCUUCUAUUUCUCAAGAAGGAGAUCAUUUUCAAUUUGCCCUGGAAGCCACAGCCAUCGCUCCUUUUGUUUGGUUGGAUGUUGGGAACAUCCCAGGAAGAUUCAGUGACAAUGGAUUUCUUCUCACAGCGAAACAAAAACUCAUAUUCUUUUACCCUUGGGAAACCACUAAUGUCCAGGAGCUGGAGAAGUCAUUCAGCUUAAAAUCGCUGACAGACAUUUCCUGAGGAAAAGAAUGGAGAAGAAAGCUACUGGAAACACGGAACUUUUGUAGAAAUGUAACUCUAAAAUAAAAUGGAUACAAUGCAGUGGUGGGUUGCUCCCGGUUCUGUCCGGGUCUUGAGAACCGGUAGUAAAAGCAGUGGGGGGCUCCGCCCAGGUGUCAUAAUGGACGAUCUGCACAUGCACAGAAGCGCGUGCGCGCAAGUGAAGCACGUGCACGCAAAUGAAGCGCGCUCUCUCCCGUUGUAAACCAGUAGUAAAGGUAAGCAGAGUGGAAUGAUUGGACAUUAUUCUCAGGCCAGCUUCUUACAGAUCUGGAAUUACUCAGUUAAGUGGAGAGAAGCCAAGUGCCUUUCUGAAUCUCUUUAGAAUAAGAGUACUUUAAAUAAGUUAGACAAGCACACAUCCUGAGAGACUGGACAGUAAAAUAUGUGAUACGCUGCAUCCCUCUGGUGCCAUUUUUCUGAAGACCAGAACCAGAGCCUGCAUCUCCAAUGAAAAAAUACAUUGCAAAAGGCCAUAGAUCUGUAUGGAUCUCUAGGCACUGCUCCUAUUACAGGAGUAACCAGAGGGCGCUUCCCUCGUUUCUUGUGUAGGGGCAUUGUAGCUAUUAUGGUUAAAGUACUACAUGGGCAUCUUUCACAUGUAAUUAUAACGCUAUAGCCAUAACCAUAGUUUCCAUUGGGAAAAUGUGAUCAUCCUAGACCAGACCAAGUCCAAAAAUGCCAGGGAAUUUCUAGAAGCCUGGCGCUCUGACAAAUCAACCAUCAACAGACACAUAGACAUUAACAACAUCUGUAGACAAUGCAAAAGAGGAAAAAGACUCCAGCAUCUCUCGACCAGUAAUCAGCACUCGGAUCAGCAUAGAUUUAACUUCAGACCAACAAUCAAGUAAGCAAUACCCCAAUCAAGAAAUUGCCAAAGAGCCAACAGUAAACAGCCCAACCAAAGAAUCUCUAAGACGGCCCCCACCCACACAGACAGACAAGACACAAGAAUAUAAACUGACAGCAAAUAGCACUCCUUACUAGUUAGAGUAAUGAAAUGUCUGCAAUAAAACAAGCUCAGAGUGCACCAAGGACCCCUAAUUAUAAUACUGUCACAGAAAAAUCUUACGGUGGCUGACAGGGGUCCCCAUCCUCCAGGAACCGGGCCGCUGAAGUGGCAAGUGCAUGAGCUCACAAAGCUCCUCCUUCCCCGAUCAUCCUCUCGCCCCCACCCCCCACCCCCAUCCUGCUGGUCUGCGGUGCCAGAAAGGUUGGGAACCAGUGGUAUAUAAAGAUAAUAUUGCUAGUACAAUUUGAACAGACUGGUGGUUAAUAGAGCGGACCUUCUGUGUCUACUGUUAAAGAGGGCAGAUCAGAGAUAACAGCAUGAGCAACUCUAGCAAUAGUGUUCGGUUUUUUGUUAGAAAUAGCAACUAUCAUUUGUAACAAAGCUUUCAGCUGGACUUAAAUUCUGGCACUUGAAGUAAGCAGCAAUUGAAUAGGAAAGGCAGAAUUCAGCAUGUUGCUGACCAGAGGUGGUAUUCAGCCAGUUUGCAUCGGUUCACGUGAACUGUUGGCGGAAAUUUGGCCAAGAUCGCUGAACCAGUAGCGAUGGCCGGCUGACCACGCCCCCGAACAGGUCCCCCGGUCGCUUCUCGCCAUGUUUGUUGCCGCCAUGGUGCACGUGCAUCCCAUUGCCUUGCAAGUCCAAUGGGAUGCACAUGCACGAAGAACAUGGUGAUGGCAGCAGAUUUUUCUGUGACCUCCGGUACUUUUUGGUGGCCUGGGAGGCUUCUUUGCCAGCUGCUUUCCAGCAGUGACGGCUUGCUGGGGGCCGCCAAAAACUCCAGUCAGCUUGCCUUCCAGACUAUAGACCAGCCACUGCGGAAGGUAAGCAGCCCAAACAAAGAUGCGGUGGUGGGGGAAGAAGUGGGGCUUGGACCGGGGCCUCUAAAGGAGGGGAAAUGGGGGCAACUGGUGAAGGGAGGACGGGGUAGAUAGGUGGAAAUUCCAAAAAUUUUCCUACCUUUUCCUGUGGGCGUGACUAGGUGGGGAUGUGUGUCAUGUGACUGAGUGGGCAAGAGUGACAUCAAGUUGGCCACGCCCACUCAGUCACAUGUCCCCCCCCCACUUGCCACAUCCACCAAACCGGUCACAAAAUUUUUUGAAACCCACCACUGUCGCUGGACCCAUUUAAAACUGCAGGUAGUUCUUGAGUUACGACCACAAUUCAGCCCAAAAUUUCUGUUACUAAGUGAGAUAUUUGUUAAGUGAAUUUUGCCCCAGUUUACAACCUUUCUUGCCACAGUUGUUAAGUGAAUCACUGCAGUUGUUACAUUAGUAACAAGGUUGUUAAGUGAAUCUGGCUUCCCCACUGACGUGCUUGUUAGGACGCUGCAAAAAGUGAUCAUAUGACUGGGACACUACAACCGUCAUAAAUGUGAACAGUUGCUAAGCAUCUGAAUUUUGAUCAUGUGACCAUAAGGAUGUUGUAAGUGUGAAAUACGGUCAUAAGUCACUUUUUUCAGUCAUUAUAACUUUGAACAGUCACUAAAUGAACUGUUGUAAGUUGAGGACUACCUGUAGUUUUUCCACCCUCUGCGAUAUUUGAAUUCGUAAAAAUGUUUUAAUUUUUUCCCCUGGUUUUCCUGUC